CUUGAUUUAGAUUUUUAUUGUGGUAUUCGGGACGAGUCAAGUUUUUGGCACCGUUGUCGGGGAACUUCCGGUCCAUUAUUUUGAAAAGAUUGUUUUGUGGUAAUCUAGGUUUUACUUUGUGUUUUGUGUUUGUGAAUCUUGGUUGUGUUAGACGAGUUGUGUUUCUUUGAAGUGUGUGCAGGAGGGUGUAUGACCCAGAGUAAUCCGACAGCUUUAGCGCCACUAGACGAGAAUACCAACCGCACUCUCCGACUCUUGGCUCGUGAGAGGGAGCUGGCAGAAGCAAGAAGAAGGAUAGAGGAGAGGGGACAACCACAAGUUGGUCCUGGAAUUGAAGGAGUUGUGGUUGAGGAAGAGUUUGAAUCCGAAGAGAAACGAAGUGAAGCCGAGAUGGCGACUAAUCAAGAAGCUCAAGCGGGAGCUGCGGAGCAACCGUGGACCAUGAGCUACUAUAUGGCUCCACGGGCGGCUGAUAUUCAACCUACCAUUUUGCAUCCGCCCGUGGCCGCCAACAAUUUCGAGAUCAAGCCAACCUCGUCACAAUGAUCCAAAACAAUGUGCAAUUCCAUGGGCUUAGAGAUGAGUCUCCGAGGGAGCAUGUUCAGAGUUUAUCGAGAUUGCCGGAAGUUUGAAGAUAAAUGAGGUGCCCGAAGAUGAUUUGAAGUUGAGGCUAUUCCCCUACUCUCUUGCGGGGAAUGCGAUCAGGUGAAUCGUAGUUUCAACCAAAAACCAAUUGCUAAAUAAUGUUUCAAACAAUCAAAGUAGGGGUACAUGGCCGGCCAGAGUUUGACUUUUAAAGCAUACUUGCCCUAUAUUGCACCCAAUUAAGGUUUAUACUUGGG